AUUUCUGGACGAGUAUACUUGAAAUUCCCGCUAAAACGUGGGUAAAAAAAGAAAUCCCUAGUGUCGUCACGCUACUGCGGAACAGCUGAUUGCUGGAAGUGACAAAAAGGAAAAUCCGCAUCAAUUGGGAGGUUACUGAGAAGUAUGUGAUAAAAAAGGGUCAAAACAAUAAUUGCGUCGCCGUCUGGACGAUAUUCGACUUAACAGCGUGGAUAUUACCAGAGAAAUACGUACACCGAGUACUAUACCUUCAAAUGUGACAGAUGUAUGGUGUAAGAGAUGUCACAAAUUGAUAUUCAGGAUUUGUUUAACAAAAGCAGGUUUCCUAACGGUUGGCGCCUCCUACUUGUAAUAUUGUACUCGCCAGUAGGAUUUGUACUUGUGUUGCUGCGACUCUUGGUGGUAUUACUGCUCUGGCUUCUAGCAUCGCUACUACCUGAUUGCAAUUUCCUUCGAACAUUUUUAAGUUACGGCAUUAGAAUCGCUUUUGGCAUCUUGGUUAAAAUCGAUACUGAAAGUGAGCCCAGAGACAAACAGUCGAGGAUAAUAAUUGCCAAUAAUGUGUCCGUUCUGGAUCAUGUCGCUCUACGUCGCGCGACGGAGACGCUAAUCCCCAGCGUUUGGGAGCUACCUACUGCCUUGAGUAAUGCAUUGGGAUUGCAAAAGAUGAGUAUGAGCAAUAAGGAGUCGCUUAUUGCUAACAUAAAGCAAUUUCUUUCCAACUCCACGUACAGUGUGGCUGUGCAGCCUGAGUUCGGCACUACUAACAGCCAAGUUGCACUAUUGAAAUUCAAUUCUUGGCCGUUCAGUAUAGAAACGUCUGUCCAACCGGUUGCCAUUAGAGCAUCAAGAUCAGAACUUGUACCUGUGCAUCUUACCUCAUUGGCUUCAACAUGGUUGACAGAAGUAUUUUGGUUUAUGUUUGUGCCCUAUACAGUUUUCACACUCAAGUACCUGAAAAUCAGACGAAAUGCUGACCACGAGAUACUUGUACGAGAAGUCGAAAAGGAUAUCGCGGACGCCCUGGGACUUCAGACAUGUUCUCAUACGGUGUCGGACAAAACAGAGUAUGAGAAGCGCUAUCGUAUGAGGAUACUCAGUAAUGCGCGUUCUAACAGAAAUACGCCAAACUCACAAGUUAUACAUAGUAUAGAAAUACAAAGGAUGGUUCGUCAAGUCAGCGAAGUACUUCCAUUGGUUCCACACAGUGUGAUAUUGCGAGAUCUCAUGAAAACUCGAAACGUUGACGUUACGAUCGCCAAUAUUCUUGAUGGCAUUGUUACUUACACUCCGGAACCCAAUCCGCCAGCUCAAUCGUCUGCGACAUCGUCCAGCGGAUCUUCAAGUUCUGCGAAAGAUAAAGUGCUUGGUACCACUUCCUUCCAAGAGAAGAAAAUGAAAAUGAUACAAGAAGCAAGGGAAAGGUAUAUUAAGAAACAUGGACUAACAAACUGCUGACACUCUUACUACUAUUUUAUUCUGGUUAUAACACUGUCAUUAUAAUAUAUAUAUAUGUGUAUGUAUAUAUAUAUAUAUAUAUAUAUAUAUAUAUAAAACAUGUUUUAAUAUUCAUGUAUUAUAUUUACUAUUACUUUAUGUGAAUACAUCUUUAUUUCUAAAAUAUAAUCACACGUAAUUGUACAAAUAUAUAUACCUUUCCAUUAUAAUUGUAAGCAAUAUUUUACAAAAGAAAUUGUUUUUUAAAUAAUGCAAUUAUCAGCUGUAUUAUAUAAUGGUUAUUGAUCGUAAUAAUGGAAUUACACACUUGAGCAGCAGGGAGAUUAAGACUUUUAUAUCGGAUUAUCAAUUACUAUUACUUCAUUGUAGAUAAACGAAACAUCACAGAUACAUACCAUACUUUUUUACUGUAUAAUACAAAAGGCCAAAAAAUUUAUAUUAUUUUCAAUAUAAAAAUGUUUUAUAUGGUAUGUAUAUUAUAAUAUUUAUAUAUAUUAUAAAUAUAUAUAAUACAAAUUUUAUUUUAUAAUUUUUAAGUCACUAAUAAACAAAUACAGAUAAUAAUUACAUGAUUCUGUUAGAGUUAUCGAAAUUUUUUAAAUAGAAUUUUAAAUGAAUCUAUAUAUAUAUAUAUAUAUAUAUAUAUAUAUAUAUAUAUUCAUUUAAAAAAAGAAAAAAAAAUAUAUAAAUCAUUUUUAUAAUUAAUUAUCAAGUUUUUAUUAAUAAUUAAGUCAUAAAAAAAUACGUCGAGCAAAAAAUAUUUAUUAAAAAAAUAAUAUAAGCAAAGAAAAGUAUGGGAUACCUAUGUAACAGUAUAUGUAUAAAUUUAAAAUCUAUAUAUAUUUAUAAUUAUAAUUAUAUAAUUAUAAUAGUAUAAUUAAAUAACUUGUGUAUGUGUGUAUAUAUAUAUAUAUAUAUGUGUGUGUGUGUGUAUAUAUAUAUAUAUAUAUAUAUAUAUAUAUAUAUAUAUAUAUAUGUAUAUAUAUAUUAUAUAUAUAUAUUACAUAAUUCUUAUAUAUACUGUCUAAAAUUCUCCAUGGAGUUCCUUUCGUAAUUCCUAGUAAUUACGAUAUACAAUUAAAGCAUAUAAUGUCUAUGGAAAAAAUAGAUGAAGAAAUGGAAAUGGUAGGAAAAAAUGUAUUUAUGCCUCUUUUAAAUAUUUCUUACAUAUUGUACUCCAUUUAUAAAAUUUGGAAGACUUGUUUUGUACUGUACGUGUUAUAUGUAAUAUAAAAAAUAUGAAAUCUAUAACAUAGGAAAAAUAGAUUAACAAAAUGAAAUAUAAAAACGAUACUUUUGUACUAUUAUAAUUAAAUUAUAUAUAUUGCACUACAGAAACUUAACAUUAUCACUGAAAUGUUAUCUUAUUUAACAUUAUUAAUAAACGCAUAUAGUAAUAAAUUGUUAAGCAUAAAUUUUAAUAAAUGUAUAUGAUACAAAUUAAAAUAAAGCUACUUGAGUUUAAAAAAUUCAAA